AUGGAAAACAACAUGACUAAUUUGACAACAACAGCAGGAACAGCGGGAACAACGAGAGGAGUUGGAUCCGGAUCCGGAUUUGGGUCCGAAUCCAGGUCUGAGCAAGAAUCAAAACAAACAGUGACCGGAGCAAGGGUAGGGCCACUGUCUAGAGUAGUUGUAUCAACACCCAACCCAGUGGCUCCUCAUUUAUUAAAUGGAGAUGGACGACCGGCCUUUCAGUUGAACGACAAGAUGAGACACGGGUUUGAUGACGAUUACAAUUCUGAAAAUUUUCUCAACACUCUUGCAAACACAUUUUAUAUAUACUACGACGACAAACGCCAGAUUACAAAUGGUAACCCAAUUACUCCAGAAAUGAAAAUGAUGCCAAAGUAUUACAAAAAUUACCAACCAAUAUAUGACUGGAAAGUCAUGAAAGAACGACAAAAAACUAUAAGCGCAGUCCUUGUGCUUUGUCUAAACUUAGGAGUUGACCCACCAGAUGUAAUGAAGACAUACCCCUGUGCCAAAUUCGAAGCAUGGUGCGACCCUACAACUUUCACAGAUACAAAAAAGGCACUUGAAAACAUUGGCAAAAAUUUACAAUCUCAGUAUGAAACCUUGUCUUUGCGAACCCGAUAUAAGCAAUCCUUGGAUCCGUGUGUUGAAGAUGUCAAGAGAUUUUGCAACACUCUACGAAGAAACGCCAAGGAUGAACGAAUCUUGUUCCAUUACAACGGACAUGGUGUUCCGCAACCUACUACAAGUGGAGAAAUAUGGGUCUUUAAUCGAGGAUAUACGCAAUAUAUUCCAAUAUCCUUAUACGACUUGCAAACUUGGCUAGGCGCGCCCGUAAUAUUCGUAUACGAUUGCAAUAGUGCUGGAAAUAUAAUCCAAAACUUUAAGAAAUUUGUUCAAAAAAGAAUAGACGAUGAUAACGAUGGGAACCAUGACCAAAGUGCGCCAUCACCCACGUCAGCAUACCUUGAUUGCAUUCAAUUGGCUGCUUGUAAAAGCAAUGAGCUUUUACCAAUGAGCCCAGAUUUACCAGCUGAUCUAUUUACUUGUUGCUUAACUUGUCCAAUUGAUAUUAGUGUCACUUGGUUCAUAAUGCAAAGCUCAAUGAGGAAAAAUUACUAUGAUCAACUUCCUAGGAAUCAGGUAGGGAAUGUUAUUAUUCCGGGAAAACUAACUGAUCGAAGAACCCCUUUGGGAGAAUUGAAUUGGAUCUUUACUGCAAUCACAGACACAAUUGCAUGGACAUCGUUGUCGAGACCAAUUUUUAAGAGGCUUUUCAGACAGGAUCUUAUGGUUGCUGCAUUGUUUAGAAACUUCUUGCUUGCCAAGAGGAUAAUGCCACUUUUAAACUGCAACCCUAUCAGCGACCCACCAUUGCCAGACGUGGUCAAGUAUCAUCCAAUGUGGGACUCUUGGGAUUUGGCUAUUGAUCAAGUACUUUCCCAGCUCUUGAAAACUACGGAAGAUGGAGGUGGAAAAACUACUGAUAAUGCAUCUCUGCAAUCAGCUGUAUCCAAUAACGAGAAAUCGGCGGCUUCAGCAGCAGCUAAUGUUCGUAAUGGUUCAACUUCCUCUUUAACUUCUGUACCAACGCAAAAUGGGUCACAUCACAAUCAAAACCAAAACCAAAACCAAAACCAAAAUCAAAAUCAAAGUCAAAAUCAAAACCAGAAUCAUAGUGGUGGCUCUUCUACUGUUGCUGGACAGAAUUUGGGCAAUUACCAACACUCAACAUUUUUUGAGCAACAGCUUACAGCUUUUGAGAUUUGGUUGAAAUAUGCUGGACCAUCCACCAAAGAGCCACCAGAACAAUUACCUAUAGUGUUGCAAGUGCUUUUAUCACAGGUCCACAGGUUAAGAGCUUUGAUAUUGUUGUCGAAAUUUCUUGAUCUUGGUCCUUGGGCAGUUUAUUUAUCAUUGUCUAUUGGGAUAUUCCCAUACGUGUUGAAGCUUUUGCAAAGUCCCGCUCAAGAGCUAAAGCCGGUUUUAAUUUUUAUUUGGGCACGAAUUAUGGCAAUUGAUUAUAAAGGAACACAACAAGAAUUAUGCAAGGAUAAGGGCUACAAUUAUUUUUACCUGAUCUUGAACUCGCUGUCCGGUACACCAGGUAACUCUGCAAAUACCACAACUGUCGCUUUAAAUGGCACGAGCUCUGGUCCUUUAUUAAUUAAUGAUGAUCACAAGGCCAUGAGUGCAUUUAUAUUGACUUUGUUUAUGAGGGAUUUCAAAAAUGGACAAAGACUCUGUUUUUCCACGGAAUUGAUUGGCAAUUGCAUAAGGCUCAUUUCGAUUAGUGAAAAUCCGUUGCUUAGACAAUGGUGCUGUUUGCUUUUAUCGCAAUUGUGGAACAAAUAUCCCGAUGGGAAAUGGGCUGCUUAUAAGGAUGGUUAUGUUACUGAGUUGUACAUGUUGUUAAAUGAUCCCAUUCCGGAGGUGCGCACUUCGAUCAUCUUGGCACUAACAACAUUUAUUACUGAGCCUACAUUAAGCUUGGGGAUUGGACAGCAACUGCUGCAACUGCUGCAACUGCAACCUGCAGCACCUAAUGGUACAGCUAUGGAUGCUAAAAAGGAUGAGAUGAGGCAGCAAGAUUUGAAACUUGCCAAUGUUUUGCUUGGAUUGUUAGGUGAUGGUUCACCCAUUGUUCGUCGAGAGUUGGUAUUUUUCAUCAGCAAAUUCAUUCAAACAUAUUUCAAAUUUUUCCUUAUUGUAGCUUUUAAUCAGCUCGAGGAGGAAAUUGUGUUAUUGGAUGAUCCAAAUUCAUUAAAUGAAUUUCGGAAAAAGUCACCCGCUUACGGUUCGAUUUUCAGCUCAGUUUGGAAAGCAUUACUUAUUCUUUCGGAAGACCCACAUUGUGAAAUAAAGCAAUUAGCUGAGACUUUGAUUGAUUUUGUGAUGUUCAAACUAAAUGAAAGCGAGUUGGCUCCUUUGGUGGUAGAUAUGCAAAGCUUUUUAUUGAGCAAGUCGUCGAUUGAAAUCGAUAGUUUCCAAGUGCAUCAACCCCAGAAGCCUAUUCUUGCGGGUAGGAAACCUUUAAAUGACUCGAAACGACAAACUUCCAGCGCAUCUGUGAUCAAUAGAAAGAACAAUUUGCGCAUUGAGGGCUCUUCAUUGAUGACGGCAACAACGACGACAAGGGCUGCAUCGUCAUCUUUUGCGGGUCAAGGUCUGGAUAAUAAUUCUUCUUCUGAUACAGAGUCCAUUACUUCAAAGAUUAAAAAUUUUUCCAUAUCGAAACUUUUCAAAAGUUUUCACCUCAACGAAGAGACAGAUUUACCAAAUUUUACACGUAUGUUGAGAGCAGGACCAAUACAAGUGGGCUAUGGUGCUGAGUACAAACCAAGAUCGGCUUUUUUUGUUGAAAGGGACUUGUCAAAUCCACCCUCGAUGCCUUCUCAUUCUGGAUUUUUUGACUAUAGUUGCGAGUAUUUUCAAGAACCACAAAUGUCUAAAAACGAAAUCGAUGAACCUGGUUCAAAAGAGUAUAUCAAGAGGUUGUGGAGGCGUAACAGGAAUGAAGCAAUCAUUCAAAAGACGCAACCUCAAAAGGAAAUGGCUGUGAGAGGAGACUGGAAUGCGGAUAUCAAGAUAUUGAACAACAUUGUUCAACCCAAAUGUAUUAGAUUCACGCAAUUUGAAAAGAUUCUAGUUGCUAGUGAUGAAAAAGAUAAUCUUACAGUUUGGGAUUGGGAUGCCGGAGUUGUGGUGAAGAAAUUCUCAAAUGGGAAUCCAUUUGGUACCAAAAUUACAGACAUAAAAUUUUUAAAUGAAGAUGAUCAAUCCUUGCUACUCACUGGCUCUUCUGAUGGAGUUGUGAAAAUUUAUAAAAAUUUCCAUACGAAUGAAAAUGGCAAUGAAGAAGAAUAUGGUAAUAAUAAUGAGGAUGAUUAUGUUGAUGAUGAUGAUGAUGAUGAUGAUGACGACGAGGGGGAGAUGAAGAUGAAGAUGAAGAAGGGUGGAAAGGAGAUUAGAAAGUCGAUCAACGGUGGUGAUAUGGGACUUGCAAUAAAGGAUGUAAGUGGCAGAACAACAUCCCGAAUUGAGGGCAAGAAGAAGAAUAAUGGGGUUGAAUUGGUUACAGGGUGGCGUGCAUUAACUGAUUUGCUUCUUACUGCAAAAAGUUCAGGUUUAGUGUCGGAAUGGCAACAGUCAAGAGGUUCAUUACUUGUUAGUGGAGAUGUUAAAGUUAUUCGAAUUUGGGAUGCGCCUCGUGAGCUUUGUUUACUGGAUAUACCAGCACGAUCUUCUUCCUCGAUUACAUCCUUAACAUCGGAUCAAGUCGCUGGUAACGUUUUUAUUGCUGGAUUUGACGAUGGAAGUAUCCGAGUUUAUGAUAGAAGGUUGGAUUCACGUGAAUCAAUGGUGAGAGUAUGGAAGCUGGGAAGACAACAACCAAAUAGUCAAAAUGAUUGUCAAUUUGGAUAUGGGUCGAUUCGUAAUGUCCAUAUGCAACGAGGUGGGUUUAGGGAACUUGUAAGUGGUUCUUCCGAUGGAUUUGUUAAUCUUUGGGAUAUCAGACUCAAUGAUCCAGUUAUGACAUAUACAACUCCUGAUAAACAAAUAAGAAGCAUGGAUGUGCAUGAGCAUGCGCCAGUCUUGACCACGGGGUCCAAAUCUGUAAGAAUGUGGUCAACAGGGGGGACAGACUUGGCGACAUUGAGAAACAUUUCGCAAGAGAGCAAAUACCUAAGUUCUGGUCGUGGUAUCAAUUAUGUUUCCAGUACAACCUUUCAUCCACACCAUAUGAUGCUUGCAACCAACAAUACCCAAGACUCCAACAUUUGCAUAUACAACUGCAGAGAUGUAGUCGUAGAAUAUUGA